GUAAACCGUUUUGUUUUAUAAUUUCUGAAAUUUAAAACAUUACAAGAGAAUAAAUUACUUUUCUUCUCUUCUACGCUGAUCUGACCAAAUUAAUAAAGCAGAAUAUAAAUUUAUUAUUAUUGUGCUUUUGAUUAUCUGGUAUAUUUUUAAAAUUCUGUUUAAAACGCAAUUUUUAGAUUUUUUUUCACCAGUAAGACUUUUGUAAAGUCUAAUGCCAACAGAGAUAAUAUAUAAACCCACACGGCCUGUUUUCCUUCUGCGUUAUUAUUCAAGUAUGGCGCCGCAGGAGCCCAGUUAUUAGAAUUCCAAAAUUCCAAUGGGUUGAUUGUUAAUUCGCAUCUAAGUAAGAUAUUCAGCUGGAAACCACUUUUGCGCUUAAAAUGAACAACCCCUUUCAGCGGGGCCAAUAAUUUCAAAUUGUCUCCGCACGGAAGUUAUAAGUGAAUCGCAGCUAGCGGCCGAUUUCUUCACACGGCACCAGAACUAUUACAAUCAGCAGAGAUUAAGCUUUGCUAACUCAGAGGUGCCAUUGUGUGUGGCCUGUGCUGCGGUUCGAGUGCAAAUUCUGGAAAAAUCUGCGGAUUGCGACAGCGGCGUGCAUUAUGGGCCGCAGUGAACAGCCUCCAGGCUCAAGCGGAACGCCUGAACGUGCUCCAAAAUUCCGCCGAGGGCGCGAGGCGGUGCCUAAUUGGAACCUCUUCAUUGCUCUGCAUCGAUUUUUCACCUUCCGUCUUUUAUGCCCGGAUCAAUUCUCAUUCGACCCAUGCAUACUACUUGCAGAACUCGGUCUCUACUACGACAAUGAGCAAAAAUCAUUGCGAUGCAAUUUUUGCGAUUAUAUUAGCAGUCUGGAGGAGUUUAAGCAAAAACUUCGCGAUGGAACAGACCCGAGGGCGACAAUUGCAAGAGACAUGCAAGAAAAUUUCAACUGCAACAUUGCCGCGGGCGAUUCAAAAAAUGUGCCAAUGCCGGACGCUGAUAAAUGUGAAAACUUCAAAUUUGAAUCACACCGUCUGUACUCGCUGCUGAAAUAUCGCGACUGGUCUCAUGUUGAGCCCCUCGAUUUGGCGAGGAGCGGAUUUUAUUACAUUGGAAAGGAUGACAAAGUCAGAUGUGCUUUUUGUAAUUUAGAAGUGAACGGGUGGGAAGAAGGAGACACUGCCGACGGCGAGCACAAACGCUGGAACCCUAAUUGCCCUUUUUUGAAAGGGGCCUCACUCUUGAACGUCAAAAUAGGAAACGAACCAAUCAAAUCUUCACAUGAUGGUAUAGGAAAAAUGAGCAAGUCAGCGUUACCUUUUCCAUCCUUCGCCAGAGUCGAGCAUCGUCUUAAAACUUUCGAGAACGCCCCACAUCCAUGGCACCUCGACAACCCAACUGUCAGUGAUCUCGUUAAUGCUGGAUUCUAUCUUAAACGAGAUCGCACAGUGUGCUACUGUUGUGAAUUUGAGAAAUUAUUGAUCAAUUGGCGUUUAGGAGAUGUACCCGCUAAUGGUGAAAACCAUCGCGAAAGAUGCGCUCACAAACCAUGAAAUAUGAUGUAUAUAAAAUAUUUAAAUAUUUCAUACUCGUUAAUCUUCAUAAGUAAAGGUAUUUUGUGUUUUUGUAUAUUUUUGAAUUAUAAAAUUUUUUCUUUUCGAAUUUAUACAAUAAAUUAUUGGCUGGAACAAAAUUUGAUUUUUUUUAUAACAUUAAUGAAAAUUUCUUACACGAUAAAGAUGCUGGUCAUUUAUAAACUAUAAUUCCUGAGAUUUUCAAGAAUUUUUUUCGACUAGUAUUUUUAAAAUUUAAAAUUUUGGCCAUUAAAUCGGGAAAAUGUAGGAUUUAAAUACAAGGGUAUAAUUUUCUACGAUCGGUUUAGUUUUUACAUGUCAAAAGAACUUCAUUAUUAUUCAAUAUUAUUUAACUUCAGGAUUUGCAGUCGGGAAUUUAACGACCAGUCCACAGCCAUGUAAAUCCGCAAUACGAAAGCGAAUAAAUGCAAAUCGAGCAAGAUUGUGCGAGAGCGAGCUGAGCAUCUGUGAACAAAAAAGAGCGAGCAAAACUUGAAUUUUUUGUUCAGUGCAACUUCCCAAAAAAAAGCGAACGUGUUGCUCACCAAAGCUGAGCAAGCGGAGCAAGAGAAUAGUUAAAAAUGCAACGUGAGCGCAAGAACAAGCGGCUUUACUCGCACAUUUUUGCUCAAGUUUGUAUACGAUUUAUUGCUGCAUUUCCAAACUCAUUCAUCGACAGAGAGCAGUUAGAACUUUCCGACAUCUCUCUUAAAUACAUAGAGGAUGGAUGGCAGAGUUCGCAGAACAUUGCAAAAAACUUUUUUCUGCAAUUUUGCUAAGAGAGUAAGCGCAAUUCUAUCUUUUUCUAUUGUUUCAACAUGAUUUUUUACGUUUUUUUUCUGUUAGAUAGCUGCAAAUGAAGCAGCUGAGCGAGCACCAGCCGACAAUUUGUCCUGAAUUGGCUGAACAUGCAAUGUUUCUUCCAAAUAAAUAAAAAUUAAAAAAUAUGUGGAUUGAAUGCUCCUAUUAAAAAAUUACAAAAAAAAAUUACAACG